GGUUUCGGCAUGAGAAAAGUAUUAAUCGCAAAUUCCAGCACUAACGGAUACCGGGAAAAAUAAAUAUGAGAACCGGUCACGAAUGCGGAGCCACGCCCUAAAAUAACAUGUGACCACAAGGCGUUUGUGACGCAUUCAUGCGUUCCAACUUUGUCAUAAUUGUCUGUAGGUUCUAAAUUGCUUAUGAGCUUGGCUUCCCUUCAGAAAGUAGCUGAUUCUUGUACUUUACAGCUGUAUUUUCCUACAGUUACUAAUAAUACUAGCAACAAAACAGAUUUCAUUCCUUAAAAUGAUAUUGCCAGAUGGAAGAAAAUAAUAAGGUAGGCCUAAACUGUAAUAAGAUAUACCUUAAAGACUGCUUGUGUUUAAUCCUGAAUCCAGUUGCCCCUCUUGUACUGGGAUAAAACAAUAGGCAAGCCAUGAACCUUAUGGAGGAGUACAUGUGUUUUGUAGACACACCUGGGUUCUAGACUGGCUGAGGUAAACAUUUUAGGAAAGCCUGGGUUUUUAAUAUCGAAGUCAUUCUAAGGGGUAGGUUUGACAAAGCAAAUGAGUGAGUGAGUCUUUGACAUGAAGACAGUGGUUAGAUUCUGCCAUUGGGACUGCUCUGAUGUUUCCAUUCUCUCCUGGUUAUGACCAUAGAGCCUUGUCCCAGUCUCUAGACCUGCCUGUCUGUGUGAUGGAUGACCACCUGACCUCUGAAGCUGUCAAUGAGAUGGAGCAGAGCAAUUCUACCAGGAGCAGAGCAACCUCAGUGAUGGAAACCACAGAAGAGGGAAAGCUCAACAAUGUGGAACAUCUGACACUUAUGGACUUCCUUCAAAACCUAACUGAGAAGCAAUGGAGGGGGAUUCGUGAGGGCAUGUUUGACCCGCUGACAAAACAACAGCUUGCCGGCUUGUGUCUGAGGAUUGUCCAGUUUUUAUCGGACAAGCUGAUGCAGAUCAUCAUCCCAGGUCUUUACGAACUACUGGGCAUCCAAGAUGCUGCCUCUUCUCCAUUGUCACAGAGAUCUCUCACAGCGUCACUCACCAGUCUGUUAGACGAUAAGACUAACACCAAGUCCCGCGUGAGAUUUACUGAGGCUGGUGUACCUAAGAGGCCAGGCAGUCGAAAGUCUUACAAUAGCUUUCGCAUCCCGACUCCCUACCCUUCCUCCAACUGUAUGGAGCAGGAAGAGGAAGAAGAACAGGAAUCACAACUUAAGUUCAAGGAGAUUUACCUGACUAAGGGCAGUCUGGGCAGUGGAAGCUACCUGCCCAAGGGGGCCAUGAGGACUCUAACCUCUCUGUCUGAUGUGCAGAAGAAAACAACCAAUUCUGAGACGCUACAAGUCCUCUUAGGUGUCUCAGAGGACACCCUUGUCACCUGUGUGCAGGACAGCCUGCAAUGUUCUCUCUCCAAACUUGCAUGCAUGUCCAAUUCUCCAUCUGGAAGUGCAGGCUCUAUGAUGCUAACCCCUGCUGUAAUGGCAGAGUUGGCUAAAGAUGUCAAGUCGGCCUUAUCAGUGGUCGUUAAGAGUGCCUCCGCAAGUCAAACCUCUCUAGUGACACCGGUAAGGGGAGACUCACAGACCAAGGUGACUGACAGCAUGGUGAGAGAGCUGGCUUUUAAACUUGAAAAAGUUGACCAAGAGAGCAAGAGUCUAACAGGGCAAGUCAUGACCACCAUCUCUGACACAAUGGUGGCUUUUGUUGACGAGAACGAACAGAAUUUGCUGGAAGAUCUGAAGGACAAGAUCACGUUUUUGGCAUCGCAUGUUGGCUUCAUUGAGGAUCUUGAUGCCCUGAUUAGGAAAUACGAGAGCAGCUACAAUAUUAGUGAAUCUGGUUCCUCCUGCACGCUCACAUCUAAGAGCAUCCAAAAACUCUCUAGCCGGGAGUUUCAAACAUCAGCAAUACAAGCAGUGAGUGGAGUUCUUGACAAAAAAGUCAGUAGUUUGAGCUUUCCUAGUUCAGUCAUUCAGUCUGAGUUAACAGGUGCUGUAUCAGGUCAAACAUUGUCUGGCAUUGUAAAGACAGAGUCAAUUCACCCAGUGGGCUCAGCAGCGUCAGUAGUUGUUAAGACUUUCGUGUCAGAUAUGAAGUCCUUGGCUGAAUCUGAAGAGAGUCCCCAACAGAAGAGCGCCUGGUCUGCUGCUGUUCACAUUUACCACAGCAUCCAAAACAACUUGAAAGAUUAUUUCGACAAGCUUCAGAGAUUUGCCCUAAAGAGCAUUGUCACAUCUGAUGACAACAUCACAAAUUCUGAGUUUAAGGAGACAGUUCCACUUCCUUGCUUAGACAUGAAAUAUAGGCCCAGUAAGAGUGAGCCUCAGUUGCCAGAGUCCACUGGUGAAGUUACUUUACAAAGAGGCCUAAGUGAGAGCUCAAAACUUCUUUGGGCAAAAACUGAGUCAGAAGAAAGCAAGCUCCUUCUGACAACUUGCACCAAAGAAGUAAUCUCAGAGCUUCUGGUCUUGUACAACACUGAGAUGUCAAAGGAGGACCCCCUGUACACUGUUGGAGAAAAAGGAUCAGGCUUCUCUAUUGAGAGAGAGAAAUUUGUAGAGGGUGUUCUGGCUCAGCUUGGGGAUAUUGCCCAUUCCAGGGCCUCAUCACCAAUAGUAUGUGAGUUCCCCUGUCAAAUUGAGGACAGCAGAAGUAAGGCCACAGCUUCUUUGACCAGUCUGUUAGAUUGUAUUAGAAAACUCUCAAGUGAGGAAUUUAAGAGAAAUGCCACUCAAGCAGUGAGUGAGUUCCUAGUUAAAAAGUCCACCAGUAGCUUAACUAGUGCAAAGCCUGCUUAUUCUGUAGCAUCCAGGUCUUGUUCCAUUCAAAACCAGUACACAUGGUCAAAGGAUAUUUGUGCGGAUUCUGCUGCCUUUGGCAUCAUUGAAACAUUUGUGGAAGACCUGCAGAGCUCGGCGCAACCUGCAGAAGUAGAGGAGAGAGAACCUGACCUCCAGGAAAAUGCACAAAAGCUACAGAGCAGGAUCUGGUCUGCUACCACUAGUUUAUAUAACAAUAUUCAGAAGACAUUAAAGGACUUCAUCAUUCAUCAGCGGAGGUCAGACAUGCUGAGCAGAAUGUCUAGUCAUAUACCCACAGAGGACUCUGGACAUCUUGGGACUAAGGAGCACAUUUGUUUGGCAAGCCAGGACUUGAGGCAAGCUAGUAAGAGUGUGCCUCACUUGCACAGUUUGAACCUUGAAGUGGCUCUACACAGGGGUGUCAGCGAGAGUUCAAAACUUCUCUGGACUGAAACAGACGAGGCUCUACUGACCAAUAGUACCAAAGAGGUCAUUUCAACAAUCUUGACCUCAUGCGAGGAUCAGGCAUCAAAUGCACCUUGCUUCUCCACAGUAGGAAAGAAAAUAUCUGAUAUGUCCCUUGAGGUCAACAUAUUGGUAGGUGGUGUUCUGUCUCAGCUGAAGGACAUCUCCUUGUCAAGGUCCCCAACACCAUGUGAAGACAUGUUUGAACGUCUCCAAGGUUCUCCUGAGCGAACCUCUCCAGUAAGUCUAGAUUGCAGCACGGCUGCCUCCAAAGGCAUUGCAUCUUCCCACAGUCUUUCAACAAAGAGCCUCCAAAAACGUUCUAGUCAUGAGUUCCAAACCAAAGCUGAGAAAGGAGUGAGUGAGGUAAUCUCUAGAUCAUUUAACAUUGCGGAGGAAGGUACAACAGAUAAGUACAUCCAGUCUGUAUCUACAUCCACCACAUCUACUGAUAUUAUACAAACCAUGGUGAAAGACCAGCAGGAGCUCACCCAGACCACCCAAUCAUCUGACAUGGUAUCUGGAACCUCCCUGCUCACCACUGGACAGGUUUCUGAGAAAAGAAUCUGGUCUGUUGCUCGUAACAUCUACUACAGUCUGCAAAGUAAGAUUACGGAGUUUCUCAGAAAAGAUCUUCAAAGAUCAGACACAACACUUGGUUCAAUCCAAAUAUUUACAUAUCAAAGCAGUCCUGCUUCACAAAGUGCAAGUCUCUGCCAUCUUGAGGUCAACCAGAGCAGUGUUACACCUGGUGGAAACGAUGCCUGUGUGGACAUUCCGCACAAAUUACUACCUAAAACCACUGAGCUCUCAGGAUCCAUGCUGGAGGAUAUUGGCACGAUCCGUUGUAGGAGUGCUGACAGCCAAAAUACAAGAAAUACCUCUUCUUCACGCUCUUCUAUCUCUCUAACACCUACUUCAAAAUUAAGGCAGUCGAAAUGGCACUUUGCUUUACCCGGGACUCCCAUCCCCACUGAGUUUCCUGCUCAGAUUGACUUUCCCAUUGUUAGAAACACAAUCAUUGAGGACUUCUUUCACACAGAGGACUUACUUCCUGUAACCUUUGUGGACAAAGUCAGGCAAGCUGCUGGGGUGGUUGUGGACAUUAUGGUGGAAAGUGUUGAGAACACACAGGAAAAUGGACAGGGUGCUUCACAUCUUGACGACCUCCGAUCUGCUGUUAGGAAAUUGAAAAAAAUCAUUUCCACUUGGACCAUCCACAUUUUCAGUCAUGAAUUGGUGGAUAAAGUGAUAGCCCUUCAGGACAGCCACAGCACUCCACAGGUCUUAACAUUGGAAGCAGCCAAAAGUGCUUCAGACUCCAUUCUUUCAAGGCUGAAAUGGGGAAAUGAACAAUGUGCCAUAUCCAAGGAGCUCUCCUCUCAGCUUCUCCAGAUAUUUGCUGAAGAGACAGUGAAGUGCUUCCUGAGACAGUGGUCAGAUGAGUAUGAAAACAUAAACUUUGAUGUUUCAGUCCAGAACGAUCCAAAGACUUCUACUUGCAUGGUCAUUCUUCAAAUGAUCACCAAAGCCACUGCUAAAUGUUAUUUUGAGUCCGCUACCAGCGUGGCCACCAGUGACAUUGUAGAAGGCGUGUUUGAUUUGGAAAGGGAUACCAUCAGCAGUACUGGAGAGCAGGUCCUCACCUUCAAUACAAAGGGUUCCAAGAAAGUUAGUAAGAACCUCUGUCCUCAAGAGUCUCUGGAGUACCAGCCUCAGAACAUUUCCCCUACUGUGUACUUUACAGAAACGAUGACAACAUCUCAUGGCUCCUUUUCUCCAGAGGGAAUUUAUGAUAUCGCAUCGUCCUUCCCACUUGAAGAGAAGAGUCGCAAACCCUCCCUUUUCACCAGAUUGUCUAGAUCCAUCACGAAAGGCUUUCUCAGCCCAUUCAAAUCUUCAAGGAAAACCAAAUUUAUUUAAUUAAAUUCCUCAUGAUAAACAACGAGAGCAUUCAUUUGUUCAGAUGAGAAUCUAAUCGUAUUGGUCACAUACGCCGAAAACAACUGUGAGAUGCUUUAUUACGAGCCCAUUCCCAACAAUGCAGAGUUAAAAAGUAAGAAAAUAUUUUCUAAAUAGUAACACAAUAACAAUAACAAGGCUAUAUACAAGGAGUACCAGUACCGAGUCAAUGUGCAUGGGUGGGAGGUAGUUGAGGUAAUACAGUAUGUACAUGUAGGUAAGGGUAAAAGUGACUAGGCAAUCAGGAUAGAUAAUAAACACAGUAGCAGCAGCUAGUGUGAAAGUCGGUCAGUGUCACAGUGAAUGUGUGGGUAGAGUGUAGUGAGUGUGCAUCGAGCCAAUUCAAGAGAGUCAGUGGAAAACAAUUAGAAAAAUACAUCAAUAACCAAGGGGGUCAAUGCAAAUAGUGCAGGUGGCCAUUUAAUUAACGUUCAUCAGUCUGAUGGCUUGGGGGUAGAAGCUGUUCAGCAGUCUAAUGACUUGGGGGUAGAAGCUGUUCAGCAGUCUAAUGGC